AUGGCCAGGUGCGCGCGCUCGUUGCUUCAGACCUUCGACGCCAACGUCUGGGUCGCCUCCCUCCCAGCCCUUGAUGACACCACCCGCGCAGUCCUCACCGCGUGCACGGACGCCAUCCCGUCGGCGCUGCUCAUGCAGGAGGUCGCCGACCUGUUCGCGCUCGACGCCGCCCAGGCCGCGGCCCUCAAGCGCUGGGCCGUCCUGGUCGCGAGCGGUGCUGGCUCGGCGGCCAACAACGCCGUGGACCACCUGCUCGACUUCAACGCCAAGACCCACUACAACCCAUCUGGGGGCCGCAAGCCCAAGACGACCGACGCCUUCAAGUUCUGGGGCCGUCAGUGCGCCCCCUCCGUCAAGAUCUUCGCGGCGACUCUCGAGCGGGUCGACGGUGUCUAUUGCGGCUUCGAGCAGCUGCUCUACACCCAAGCGCUCUCCCUUGUGCCCACCAGCGGCUGCCCGUUCGCCUCCAUCGUCAUGGUCGGCGAUCCCUCCCAGCUGUCUCCGCGCUGCAAGUCCAAGGACGCCGAGGCGCGAGGCUUCAAGAUCUCGCUCGUGGCUAAGUUCAUGCACUGCCAUCAAUGCAGCGAGGAAGUUGUUGCGGUCCUUUGCGAGAACCGACGCAGCCUUAGCGACCUCGUCGUCUGGCUGACCUACUGCGGCGGGCAGCUCUGGCCCCACCUCACGAUCGACGACCGACCCAUCCCAGACGACAUACCUUGA